AUGACAAGUGGCACAAACUCUUCAGAAACUGGCUUGUCCUCAAAAAAAAAUUCUAAAAUAUAUGACAACUACUUGAAAGAAUUGAACGAGGACUUAAAGUUAAGGAAGCAGGAGCUUCUAGAGAUGCUGAAACCUCUGGGAGAUAAGAGCAAUCUCUUAUUGCAGAAGGUAAUGGCUAACUUGGAGGAAAAACAAAAGAGUCUGCAGAUCAUGAGGCAGAUCAUGGCAGGGAGGGGAUGCGAUGAAUCUUCAAUCAUGGAGUUCAUUACAGAAGCAGAGGAGAUGAAACAAAACCUGACAUUUGAGUCAGAUGAGCUCCUCCAUCAACAGAAAGAAUUACCAACAAAGUCCAAAGCCGACAUGCAAGACGAAAAUGCUCAGAAAUCCCCCUUAUCACUUUGGAAGACCAGGAGCGAGCCAGAGACAUCAGAUGUCGACAAAGUGGGAGACUUAAGGAAGGAAAAGCAACAGAGGAAAAUUAAAUGGGUCAAAUAUGAGGAACAACCCAACGUCCUUCAGAAUGGCUUUCAUGACAAAGUGAUUGAGCUGAAAACUGAAGCCUUGAGGAACUACCAGAAGACCAAUGACUUAAAAUUAUCACUGUACCUACAACGCAAUUUUGAGCCAAAGCAAGAAGCUUUGAAUCUUCUGAGGCCUCAAGGUAAAAUGGGUACUACAACUAUGGAGAGAGCAACAACCAAAAGAAAUGAACUUGAUAAAAGAAUCCCAGGAUCAAAGAACUACACAGAACAGCAAGGAGGAACUAGAGAAAGUCAGUAUGGUGAUGUAGGGCAGAGGCUCUCUUCUCUGAAGUCAAUGCCAGACGAAGCUCUGAAGGAUUAG